UCACACUUCAUUCUCUCAACUUUCUUUUGUACUUGUCGUUCUGCCAAACGGUUCCCAAUCCCAAUCUACUCCCAAUCCAAGAUGGACGAAGCAAUUCUUUACGAUCCCCAAGUCCACUCUCAUCUCAUUCCCUCCCUCGUCGCCGUCCAUGUAGCCUGUAUAACGCAGCCAACAUACACCAUUGCGACCUUUAUCCCACCGCUGGAUCAACCUGUCAUGCAAAACUGGUGGGAAGACCGCGCGAAAGAAGUAGCGAGUGGAAACAGGCACAUUAUCAUACAGAUGGUCACCAGCCAAACGACUGGCAAAGAAGAAGUAGCCGGGGUAGUGAUGUUGGAUAAGCCGCAGACUCAGACGGUGCCGCACACGGCGUGGGUUGAGAAAUUACUUGUGUUGCCUGAGUGGAGGAGAAAGGGGGUUACGAAGAGGAUGAUGCUGAAGCUGGAGGAGGUUGCAAAGGUGGAGGGGAGGACGCUGUUGAUGCUGGAUACUGAGAAGGAUAGUCCGGCCGAGUUGGUGUAUCCGAGGUUGGGAUAUAUUAGGGUUGGAGAAGUGCCAAGGUAUAUGAUAUCUCCUCUAGAUGGAUCAUUGAAGGAUGCGGUGUGGUUCUAUAAAGAUAUAAGAUGAAGUCUUAUUGCAUUGAACUGUUUAAUAGAGUGUAGAGAAGGUGGGUUGGUGUUGAAGAAAGGAGUUUGCUUUUCAAAUUAAGUAAAGUCGUUGCGGUAGACACAUAGAAUGGUCUUGAGAAUCGGCAACGUUAGGAUGAAUUCAAAAAUUUGCGUUGCAAUCCUUUCAUAUUCAAAAGUUAAUGGUUUCUAAGGCUCUGUUUCAAAAAGUUGCUCAGUCAGUAGUUCGGGGGAGAUUGAAAUUCGAAAGUAGCCGAAUCAGUUUAGGAAGAAAUUAUCU